UUUUCCUCCUUUUUAUAUCUUCUUCGUGAUAUGAUGAUGCGAAGCAUAUAGGCCUUGAUUACUAACAAAUCUUACCCUCUUCCACUCUCAGAUUGUCACAAAUUACUUCAUGAAAUCCAAAACCCAAAGCUAAAAAUAUGUUUAUUAUCGAUUGGUUUUACGGCGUCCUUGCCUCCCUCGGCCUCUGGCAGAAAGAGGCUAAGAUCCUGUUUCUCGGCCUCGAUAAUGCCGGUAAAACCACCUUGCUUCACUUGUUGAAAGACGAGAGAUUGGUUCAGCAUCAGCCAACUCAGUAUCCCACAUCGGAAGAGCUUAGUAUUGGAAAAAUUAAGUUCAAAGCUUUCGACUUGGGAGGUCAUCAGAUUGCUCGCAGAGUCUGGAAGGAUUACUAUGCCAAGGUGGAUGCUGUUGUGUACCUAGUAGAUGCCUUUGAUAAAGAGAGGUUUGCAGAAUCAAAGAAGGAACUCGAUUCACUUCUUUCAGACGGCUCCCUCGCCAAUGUCCCGUUUCUUAUCCUAGGAAACAAGAUUGAUAUACCGUACGCUGCCUCAGAGGAUGAGUUACGUUACCAUCUCGGGCUCACAAACUUUACCACUGGAAAGGGCAAAGUAAACCUAGAGGACUCAAAUGUCCGUCCACUAGAGGUAUUCAUGUGCAGCAUUGUCCGCAAAAUGGGGUAUGGCGAAGGCUUCAAAUGGAUGUCUCAGUAUAUUAAGUAAGGUAACAGAUCGGAGAAUCGUGGUAGGAUGAGGUUACAGACUCCAAAACUCCGAUUCCAUCCCAUCUUUCUCGACUAUUCGAACUGUUUGAACCAGUCCCUCGGUGGGUUUCUUUUUUUAGGUUUGAUGUAUUUUGGUUUUGGAUCUGUAAAUUCUACUUGUGGGUGCAAAUAUAUGAUACUGAACUUUUGUCAAUUAGCUUUGCAUAAUCCAUAUCUUAAACCAGUCAGUCUCCUUU